GGUGGUUGAAGGAAACAGAAGCACACAAUAUAACUGAUAAAGACUGGGAUGUUGUUUUGGUGAAUUCAACAUAUGCUAGAUUUCUCAUAGAUUGUUGAGGGAAAAGCAAUAGGUUGUCAGUUAUAUGCCAGUUUAAUUCUGAACCACUUGGUGCAGAUUUCUCACGUUGUCUCAACAUGUUCAUCUUCUAACUGUCAGGAAAACCUAAAGUGUUGGAUUUCUAAUGAAUGGGGAAAAACUUUACAGCUCCAAGAUAUAUGUAUAUUCAUGUUUGCAAGUAAUUAAUGGAUGUUUUCCUCCUAAGAAACUUAUCAUUGGAGUGCAUUGGUCAGAGUGUAUUUUUGUAUCUUAAGUUUUUAAAUACACACUUGCACUUUGGUUGCAAACUCCAAGCAAAGUCGUAAAAAGAGGAUAGAAGCUAGUGUAUUGGUGUGUAGGAUACAUGUGUUCAUCAUUGAUGUAACUGGAUUUGAUCUUCAAUUGGAGGAGUCAGCAGGAAGCUGAAAAAUCUGACACCUGAAGAACAACAGCUUCUGGAAACCAUUCGAGAGAGAAAACAAAAGCUCCUGGAGGAAAUUCAGGUACGUUCAAUGUUUGGUUUUCAUUUUCCUUUAGAUUUCCCUGUGUGUGGUGUGUGCAUGAUUUAUAUUUCUGUUUUCCUCCUCUUUUCUAACAUGCUGAGAUUUGUGCAUCUUGAUAUUAUGAUUAUCAGAUUGUUUUUGUAAGGAAAAUUUAUUUGCAUCUGGAGCAAAAGCGAUCCCUUUUGGAAACACUUAACUUCUUCCUAACCCAUACUUUUUCUACAGAAAUUGAAAAUUACAUAUGAACAUUUUUACCAUAUUAGAAAAAUAAGUUCAGAUGCCCUAGCAUUGUGAAAACCACUCAAAGAGAAUAGAUAUUGCAUCAUGUUGCUCUGUCCAGGUUCAGCAGUUCUGAAGUUGCUUUUUUAUCUAGUAAGCAUAAUUAGAACCAAGGGAAUUAAUGGUGUGUGGGGUUUUGAAGUACCAGCCAGCUGAUUACACCGUCUACAGAAGCUGACAGGCUAUAAGAUUAGACAGGGUCCAGAUAAACUUCAAGGUCAAAAUGUACAGUGCUGUUCAGUAUUUAAAGAGAAACAAAAGGGGAUAGAAAUUGUUCGGUUCUAAGUUAUAUCAGCUGGUUGCAUGCUUUGUUUUGACAUUAAUGAUGAUUAAAGUAGAAGAGGGAUUACUUAGAGAGUGGCCAGUAUUGUUCUGUAACCAGCAUGCAUUAUUGGUAUAUGUACAUAAAAUUUUACUUAUAAACAAUACCAUUAUUUACUCUUGAAGAACUCUUUUCCUUAUAAGCACUAUCUUGAUUGUGAAAUUGCUUUAUUUUAUACCACGUAUAGUGUACACCAAAAAUAUUUUUCUACUGUGUAUAGGGAAGUUUUCAUCUGAUGGUCUUUUCACUCACAGGCAGUGAAAUAUGAUUUUGUCCCAUCAAAAAAUUUGCAGUCAUAUUUUGCUGCACAGAGAGAGAGACAUUUUCCCAAGUCAAGGGUAUCUGAUCCGCUCCGCUCCAUAUAAACCCUUGACCGAACAGGCAGAGUUUCUCGGGGUUAGAAACCAGGCUCUCUGAAUGGCCUCAUUAACGUUAGUAUGAACCAAUCAGAGACAUCUUCCCAAGUCAAGGGUUUCUGAUCUGUUUGGGAAGAUGAGAGAGAGAGUAAAUGUAAAUUUUCCCAGUUUUGAACUCAUCUCUGGUAUGAGAUGAAAAUGAAAUAAGGGUGAUAAAAUCCAUUUUUUUAUUAUUGUUAUCAUAUUUCAUAUUUUUUAUGGUAUGUAAUGAAAAUGAGUUGUGUGGCAUGGUGUUUAGAUGUGUCAUGAUAGGUCAUAAGGUUGAUCCCCUCUUUACAAUUUGGCUAUUGGAUAAGACAAACUAUAAGGUUCUGUGUCUAGUUCAUGUCAUGGCAUGUAGAAGAAUUCUGACCUGACCAGAGUCAGAACUGUCUGCCACAGCAAGAGCCAGUGAUAAAGAGUGGUAUCAAGAAACUGACAAUUCCAGUUCAUUGUAUGAAUGUAUAUUUACAGUUUAUUGAUACAUUACUCAGACAAUUACCUCAACAUGAGGAGCAAGAACAAUACACCUAAUAAUAGUUGUAACAAACACACUUCUUCUUAUUCCCAAGUGGGUGGCUAAAUACAAUUACUUAAAUCCAAACAAACUUUUGUGUCCCUGGUAUGUCUAUAAUAAAAUUGCUCCCUUUAUCUCAUAAAGAGCUUUUGAUAAAUGCUUUAUCCCACCAAUUCUCAUAGUGCUGGUGAAAUAGGGCAAUAUAUAAAUAUAUAAUUCUGUUUAUAACAAAUAUGUAAUUUAUUUAGUGCAUUAUUCCAUACAAAGAAUUUGGAUCUGUCUCAUUCAGAUCCAGAGAAAAAAACCAAUUUGUCACCCAAGACGUGAAGAUGCAUGAUGAAGAAUGAAAUGAGUCAUCUAGAGUCAAAAGAGUCUUUUUCCUAUUAAAAAAUCUCUAACUAUUUAUAUCAUUCCUGCAUGCUUUGGACACAAUUAUUCCCAUGCCCACAGGACUGACACAUGUGAUGGUUCAUAAUGCAGUCCCACAGGGAAUGGCCAAUAAUAUCCAUGGUGUCGGCAGUUGUUUGGGGGUCAUAUUGGCGAUUGACGAUUGUGAUAAGCAUUAAUCAUCUGUUCUGUUGUCUCCAAUGAUUAUAUUAAGAGACAAAAGCAUUGUAUUUCCUGAUGUGUGUGAAUUGAUUAUUUCCUAAAUAAGUUUGUUAAAUCUCAGUGAACAGGAUUUAUUUUUUUUAUGAAAUGGUGAAAAAAAUCAUCAAUGAUUUAGUAAAAGAUCGGAAGGAUUAGUGAAUUUGAUUACUGACACUAUUGCUAAUGAAGUGGAUUUGUUUUCCGUGUGUGUAAUAACACAUGUAGAUCUUUCCAGUGUAUGAAUGUAAUAGUAUAGAAAAAUAGUGUGUGACUUUUAUGGAUUGAAGGAGUAUUUCAAAGAGUCCUAAAAAUGUGAUCAUUCAUGGAGCUCUAUAUAUCACCAUAGAUUGUGUUUAAAAUGAUUUAGCAAAAAAUAUAAAAUUUUGAAAAUGAUGCUUACGGAUGCUGGUAUUGUUUGUGACAGGACCUUGUUAAGUUGGGGAAAUUUACUCAAGGAACUGAAAGAUGAAAUAGCAGAAGUCUCCAGUGAAAUGGAGACCAUUGAGGUCUCAGAUGAAAGCAAGAACAAUCCCAAGAAUAAACAGAUGUCCAUAGGGAAGAAGAAAUUCAACAUGGAUCCAAAGAAGGGCAUCGAAUAUCUGGUUGACCACCAGCUUCUUUCUCAUGAAAAAGAGGAAGUGGCCAAGUUUCUGUACCAGGGAGAGGGGCUGAACAAGACAGCCAUUGGAGACUACCUUGGCGAACGGAAUGAAUUUAAUAUAUCAGUCCUGAAGUCGUUUGUAAAUCUACAUGAGUUUUCGGACAUGAUUUUGGUCCAGGCAUUGAGACAAUUUUUAUGGAGUUUCCGUUUACCAGGAGAAGCUCAGAAGAUAGAUCGGAUGAUGGAAUGCUUUGCUGAGAGAUACUGUGAGCUCAAUCCAACAGAUUUUAAAAGCACAGACACCUGUUACGUGUUGUCGUUUGCGAUCAUCAUGCUGAACACUAGUCUCCACAAUCCUAGUGUGAAGGAUAAACCCACAGUGGAGAGGUUCAUCUCCAUGAACAGAGGGAUCAACGACGGUGGAGAUUUACCACCAGAACUUCUCACGAGUUUGUAUGAGAGCAUCAAGAAGGAACCAUUCAAGAUUCCUGAGGACGAUGGCAAUGAUCUAAUGCACACUUUCUUCAACCCGGACAAGGAGGGCUGGUUGUGUAAACAAGGCGCCAAAAAAAUCAGUGGAAGAAUAAAGAAUUGGAAGAGGCGAUGGUUCAUUCUCAAUGACAACUGCUUGUAUUAUUUCCAGUUCACAACAGAUAAGGAGCCUAAAGGAAUCAUUCCUCUGGAGAACAUCUCAAUCAGGGAGGUACCAGCUGACAAGUCCAACAAGCCAUUCAGCUUUGAGCUUUACGCUACCGGGCAGGACAUCAUUAAAGCCUGUAAGGUGGACAAAGAGGGAAAGGUUGUAGAAGGAAAACACAACGUUUAUAGAAUGUCAGCAGCCAAUACUGAAGAGAAGGACGAGUGGAUAAGAUGUAUCAGACAAAGUAUAAGUGAGAAUCCAUUUUAUGACAUGCUGGCAGCACGUAGGAAGAAGGCGGGUCACGUGAAGUGAAAAAGUCAUUCUACAGAUUUAAUGUGGAGCACAAAGGAAUUUGUGAAAUGGAACAUUUCUCUUAAUUAUUCUUGGCCCUUUUAACCAUGGAGUUAUUUGUGUAUGUAUAAAUAUAUACUGAAACAUACUCAGAAAUAACAUUUUUAUCUGCACGAGAUCUUACCGGUAUAUGAAUUUUGUUGUUGCCUUCCUGUAUGAAUGAAUGCUUAAAAUGCUAUAAUUCUGAUAUUGUUCAGGGGAAAAAUAACAAGGUAUUUUAAAAACAGAUUUAUAUAUAUAUAUGUAUUGCCAGUUGUAUUUCUGUGAUAUAUCGUAAGCUACAUGUUCAUUUAAUUUCCAAAAACAGUAUUUUCUUUAAGUUCAUAAAAAAUUGUCGCUUAUUUUUUCAAAGCAUUGAAAUUUUGUUUUCCUUGGCAGUCUUUUUGAAAAGAAAUGGAAGCAAUCAAAUUGUUCAUGCUAUAGAAAGCUUUUCAGCAAUCUCAAUGAGAAGUGGCUGUUGAAUUGGACUUCGUUGAAAUUUGUAUGAUUUCUCUGGGUUUGGUAUAAAUUAAAAAUUGCCUUACAGCUACUGGACAAUGCACGUGUCUAUCUAGCAACAGAUUUACAUUGAUAAGAUAUAUACAUGUAACAAUAACUGAUGUCAAUUUUAUAAGGGGUAACCAGCCCUUACUAGCUUACUGGUAAUAUACAUGUAAAAAUGCCAAUUUUAAUUUUUUCUUAAAUUGUCAUUCAUCUCUUAUUGAGAUGAUUUUCAUGCUUGUUCAUUUUCCUUUUGGAAUUUUUUUGUAAAACUUGUCCAGGUACAUGAAACUUAGAUUAAAAAUAAAUGUUGGAUAUUUUCUGUUUUUAAAAAUAAUUGGUGUCCUGAAAAUCAUUUAACACAUUUUGUUUUGAUAAGAGUUUCAUCAAAGCCUCAACUUUUCCUGUGUUUAGAGAUCUUAACAAUACUGAUAUUUUUUGAAUCUGUGAUAUUUCCAUGGUAAUGUGUCCUCAGUGGGGAUAUUCUAGUCAUGCAGUCACAGCACACUAUUUCUGGUAUGCACAUGUCAGAUGUACAUAAACAUUUUUAUAUACAUUCAGUUAUCAUUGUCACUUGUAUAUUUAUGUAUUUGAUAUAGAAGUCAUUAAUUAAUAAAUAAGAAUGGAAAUCUUUAA